AUAAAUCCGCGGUCACACUGAUUACAUAGCUACGGAGUUUCGAUUUUUCCAGCCCAAAUAAUUUUUCUGUUUGCAAAAAAAUAAGCGCUUUUGUGCAACGAAAAUUUUAUAAAUGUGGUUGCUUUAAGCAAGCAGCAAAAUUGCAUUUUCGAAAUUUUCCGCCUGCAGCUGGCCCUGGACGUGCUUUGUAUCCGUGGAGAACAGAGAAGCAAAGAUAGACGCCGUGUGGGGUUGGGUUGCUUCCGCCCCGCUGCGCUUAGCGGCGAACAGAAUGGGCGACCUUCCGGGCUCCACGGGCGGAGGAAGUGGCCCAGCUGCAGCCGGAAAUGCAAGUGGAAAUGCUAGUUCUGCAGGCAACACAGGCCUUGGUGUGGCCGGCACCACGGGCGUGGACCGUCCACCAUCUCCGGCCCGCCUCUCGCACACAUCCGAGAAGCAUCCAAAGGUGACGCUGACCGAGCUCAACAUGCUGCGGCGCCAUCGCGAGCUGUGCGACGUUGUGCUCAAUGUCGGUGGGCGCAAAAUCUUCGCCCAUCGGGUUAUACUAUCCGCCUGUAGCUCUUACUUCUGUGCAAUGUUCACGGGAGAGCUGGAGGAGUCACGCCAAACAGAGGUCACCAUACGCGACAUCGACGAGAACGCCAUGGAACUGCUCAUCGACUUUUGCUACACGGCCCACAUCAUUGUCGAGGAGUCCAACGUGCAGACUCUGCUGCCAGCCGCCUGCCUGCUUCAGCUGGUGGAGAUCCAGGACAUUUGCUGCGAGUUCCUCAAGCGCCAACUGGACCCGACCAACUGCCUGGGCAUCCGAGCCUUUGCCGACACACACUCCUGCCGCGAGCUGCUUCGCAUUGCCGACAAAUUUACCCAGCACAACUUCCAGGAGGUGAUGGAGAGCGAGGAGUUCUUGCUGCUGCCUGUUGGCCAGCUGGUGGACAUUAUCUGCAGCGACGAGCUUAACGUCCGCUCCGAGGAGCAGGUCUUCAAUGCGGUCAUGUCGUGGCUAAAGUACAAUGUGGCCGAGAGGCGCCAGCAUUUGGCCCAGGUACUCCAACACGUCCGUCUGCCUCUACUCUCUCCAAAGUUCCUGGUCGGCACUGUGGGCUCCGAUCUCCUGGUCCGCAGCGACGAGGCUUGCCGGGAUCUAGUGGAUGAGGCCAAGAACUAUCUGCUGCUGCCCCAGGAGCGCCCUCUGAUGCAGGGUCCACGCACCCGACCCCGCAAGCCAACACGUCGCGGCGAGGUUCUGUUUGCCGUAGGAGGCUGGUGCUCCGGCGACGCAAUUGCCUCAGUGGAGCGCUUCGAUCCGCAGACCAACGACUGGAAAAUGGUUGCACCCAUGAGCAAGCGACGCUGCGGUGUAGGCGUGGCCGUCCUCAACGAUCUACUCUAUGCUGUGGGUGGCCACGACGGUCAGAGUUACCUGAACAGCAUCGAGCGCUACGACCCGCAGACGAAUCAAUGGUCCUGUGAUGUGGCACCCACCACCUCGUGCCGCACCAGUGUGGGCGUGGCGGUGUUAGACGGUUUCUUGUAUGCUGUGGGUGGCCAGGACGGAGUCCAGUGCCUGAAUCACGUGGAGCGCUACGAUCCCAAGGAGAACAAGUGGUCCAAGGUGGCCCCGAUGACCACACGACGUCUAGGCGUCGCGGUGGCCGUCUUGGGCGGUUUUCUCUAUGCGAUUGGUGGCUCGGAUGGCCAAUGUCCCUUGAAUACAGUAGAGCGCUAUGAUCCUAGGCAAAACAAAUGGGUGGCCGUCAGUCCCAUGUCCACGCGUCGCAAGCACUUGGGCUGUGCGGUGUUCAACAACUAUAUCUAUGCCGUGGGCGGGCGAGAUGAUUGUAUGGAGCUCUCGUCCGCUGAGCGCUAUAAUCCACUGACCAACACCUGGAGCCCCAUUGUGGCCAUGACCUCGCGACGCAGCGGGGUCGGCCUGGCCGUGGUGAACGGACAACUGUACGCGGUGGGCGGCUUUGAUGGCUCCGCCUAUCUGAAGACCAUCGAGGUGUACGAUCCGGAGACGAAUCAAUGGCGUCUCUGUGGCUGCAUGAACUACCGCCGCCUGGGCGGUGGCGUGGGCGUGAUGCGUGCUCCUCAGACUGAAAACUAUAUGUGGUGCGAAAACAGUCUUAAGCAGCAUAAUAAUCCCCCAUCCUAAUGAAUUUCAUAACUUGCUUGUUCGCUUCAUUUCUCAUUCAUCGAUUGUUGUAUUUUGUCUUCUUUUCCCCUGCUUCCUCACAUGCUCGCUAACAACACAUGCUAACAAAUGCGGAAAACGCAGGAUACGCAAGGAUUCUGUUGUCUGAUGGGAGAAGCAUCCGCCGUCGUUGACGUUGCCCUCGCAAACGUUGCCGCCGCCGCAUUUCUAUUAGCAAUUGAAGCCAAAUUUAAACCCCCCCUACCACCCUCACUCCCACCCAUCCUCUCCACUCCAAUCCACUCUACUGUACUCCCGAAGCCGUUGCUUAGCAGAUUGUCUCUGAAUGUACUAUGUGUUAAUUGUUUAUGUCGUAGAGCCUAAGCGUAAGCCCAAGCCCCUCCCCCAGAAUAGUAGUAUAAGAGAUAGAAGCCCAACUAACUAAUCCCUCACUCGUCACCAUCACCCACCCCAUCACUCCUGUACGUAAUUGAAUGAUUGUAACUAAUAUUACACUAGUACUAGUACUCUAAGCAGCUAUAACUGAUGGACAACUCGAAAUCGUAAUACCUAGAAGAUGUUGCUGGUUGAAAUUUCAUGGAAAUUGCUAGCCCAUGCCCCACGUCCCGCGCCCCAUGCCUUCUUUCGGUAACAGAGUUAAAACAAAACACGAAUCAAAUACUAAACAUUAAACAGAAUUCAGUUAGCUAUAAAUUGAAUAUCAAUGAGCUCUAAAGUCAAGUAACAAAUUGGUAUUAAAAUAAUUUACAUAGUAUUAAGCAAAUUAUUCAAAAAAGUUUGCCCCCUGGCCCUGUUUGUAUUAUUUAUUAUUAUUUGAUCAGUAGGACAGUUCUUUUUUGAACAUUAUAUUAUGUGGUAUUUCAAGUAGACAGAAAAGUUUAAAUAAGAUCAAAUAAGCUUGUCUGUCGAGCUUAAGAAUCCACGAAAAAUACCCGAAAAGUUGCAAUGAACAAAGUCUAAAGUCUAAAGAUAGCCCAAGAAACAUUUCAAUAGUAAAAUUAACGAGUCCAUUUAAAGUCUACGCCUAGUUGUAAGUCGAAAAAUUGUAAUAUUGUUAAUCGUAGAUUGAAUGCCGGUGAAGGUGACAGAAAUACCCUUGGCUGGCAGUUUUACAAAUGCAGCGCAGCAGAUCGAGUUUUAUUGUUAAACCAAGUUUGACGACCUGCAAAGACCUGCGCUGAAAGAACCAACUCGAAAUUAUUCGGUGGCCACGUUUUUUUGUUAUUUGAACUUUUAUUUAUUUAAAAUUGAUUAUUUAUUUUACGCUUUUGCAUCUCAUUGUAUGUAUGUAUUUACUUUAUUUUAUUAUUGUGCACCUUUGUCAUUAAUUUAUACUGUUGUUGAACCGAGAGCAAAUCGUAUGGAAUUUUGCUUCCAGAAGAAGAAUAAGAAUAGCAUUUACAAAACGAAAACGAACCUUAUUUAUAUGGUAGGAUUAAGAAACAGAUAAACACCCACACACCACACAAUACAAAACACACACCAAGCAAAUAUUAAACAAUAGAAAUUGAUAGUUACAUUAAAUGGAAUACAAAUAUAACGCAAAAAUUAGCACAGUGUU